CGCCCGGCCGCCGCCGGCGAUGGCGGGGCCGCCGGAGGUGGAGGGAGCGGUGGGGAUGGCGGCGCCGCCGGAGGUGGAGGGAGCGGUGGGGAUGGCGGCGCCGCCGGAGGUGGAGGAGCCUUUAUCGCGGGGCUUCUCGGAGGAGCAGUUUGGGGCCGCCUGCCGGGAGCUGGACCAGCCGGCGCCGGCCGCGGCGGGGCCCUGGCAGCUCCUGGUGGAGACCAUGGGCGUGCGGAUCUACCGGCUGUACCACGAGCAAUCAGGACUUUAUGAAUAUAAAAUCUUUGGUGGUCUUGCUGACGUUCCCCCAAAAUUGUGUGCAGAUGUCUACAUGGACUUGGAUUUCAGAAAACAGUGGGAUCAGUAUGUUAAAGAACUGUAUGAGGAAACAUAUGAUGGUGAAAAAGUAAUCUACUGGGAAGUGAAGUACCCUUUUCCUCUCUCAAACAGAGAUUAUGUGUAUAUCCGGGAAUGCCGGGAGAUGGAUGUGCAUGGGAGGAAGAUCUGGGUUGUGUUAGCAAAAAGUGUGGCUGUUCCUCAGUGCCCUGAGAAGCCUGGUAUCAUCAGAGUUAAGAGCUAUAAACAAAGCCUGGUAAUUGAAAGUGAUGGCAAGGCUGGAUGUAAAGUCUAUAUGUACUAUUUUGAUAAUCCUGGUGGCAUGAUUCCAACCUGGCUGGUCAACUGGGCUGCCAAGAGUGGUGUGCCUGCUUUCUUGAAGGAUAUACAAAAAGCUUGCCUUAAUUAUUCUAAGAGUACAAAUUUAUCUUAAUCAUUUAAUUCCUAGAUCUCUGCUCUUACAGGAGCAGAUGUUAUAUAUCACACUGGAUAAAGUCUACCUCCAAUAUUGGAAAGAAUGAAAGAAUUUUAUUUUAGUUGAUUUAUGCCUUGAGUUUUAUUAGAUUUUUUUCUACUGAAGAGCUGGCCACUGGCAAAGUAGCACCAAUAUCAGCUGCAGCUUUUGAAAGUACUCAAAUUUAGCCUUGUUCCCCAUGCUUUGCUUAUGUUGGUUGUCAGGUGUCAGCUAGAGGAGUUCUGUGCUAGAUAUGUUACAUCUUUGCACAAGAGACAACAAUCUUACUAGAAAAAUAUCUGAACUUGGACUGCAGAUUAUCUGCAUGUGUUAUGCCUGGAUCUGCUUUUGCUACCCAAGUUUGACAUUCUUAAACUCUCUGCCUGAUAUAAACCUAAAAAAUGCUGAGGGAUGAGGAAAAUUACUAGAAAUGUGCAGUAGGAAGUCUGUGAUGCUAAGGUCCCUUAAAUCCAGAUGUAAAAAGAUCAAGCCUAAAGCCUUGCAUUCACAGCUCUGUACUUCUGUACAAAAUGUAAAAACCUUUAGCUGUGUCCAACUAGAAGAAAAAGGAGCUGCAAAAUUCUUCUUGCAUGUCUGAUUUAAGGGGAACAAGAUUUAUCUUCAGAGUCAGUAACCUUACCUAUAAAGCAGCUUGGAUACCAACUUGAAACUGGAGGUAAUUUUAAACCAGGUGCCUGCCACCGAAUGUGGAUGAGCUUGGUGUGGAACUUGGGCUUGCUUGCAUUUUUAAAUUUCAUGCUGAUAUAAAGACUGGAUAUAAAAGCUUAACUGAGCAGGAAAUUAAAUUUCCAGCACCUUUUCUGGGGGGGUGGGGGGAGGGACAGGGAGUGCAUAAAAGAAUGAGAGGACAUCAUUCUCAGGGAUUUAAAAUAUUCAACAUUUUUCCUAAAUCUAAUUCUGUUUCUGAAUAAGUCUGGUAAUGGAGUAGGUUUGUGUUGUUAAAAAACAAACAAUUGAAAUGACGCCUUUACACCUUGUGUGAAUAUUUCCAAUAAAUCAUUAUUUU